AACGGUCUCUCUCUCUCUCUCUCGACUCUCACGACCACCACAGCAACGACAGACCCUCUCUCUCUCUCUCUCUGCACACAAACCCACCUCCUCUGCCCUUUUUCGUCUUUUCCAAACCCACUCACCGAAUCGAACGGCUCACACUCCUCCACGUCCUCGUCUUCUUCCUCGUUACCCUGCUACCUCCCACACACACACAAACUGCCUCGUCAUCCUUUCUCUAUCCCACUCUCUCUCUCUAGGGUUUCCAGAGGCUCGCAUCAACAACAACAACAACAACAACCAGAGACGCCUCUCCCUUUCUCUCUCUUCACACAAUGCUUUCUCUCUCCUCCACCACACCGCUCGAUCCUCUUCUCUCUGCUCGAGUUCCGAGCCUCGCCCGUAAAAUUUCUCUGCUUCAAGGGUUUUCAUUGGGUUAAUUUGGUACGGUUUGGGAAUUCUAAUUCUGGCGGAGAAAAGAUGUGUCUUGGGAAUUAGUUUAAUGUGUUUGGUUAUGAUUAUGUUGAAUGGCAAUUGAAAAGAACAGCUUUAAGGUUUCGAGGUUUGAUUCGGAGUUUUCGUCUAGGAGUAGGGACAGUAUGUCGAGUGAGGACGAUGAGCGUCAGAAGCCAAAUUUGGCAGUCGAAUCGGACGAUGACGAGUUCGAUGACUGUGAUUCUGGGGCGGGAUCAGAUGACUUUGAUUUGUUGGAAUUGGGUGAAGUUGGGGAAGAGUUCUGUCAAGUUGGGGAUCAAACUUGUAGCAUACCAUUUGAGUUAUACGAUCUUCCGGUUUUGGGUGAUGUGUUGUCCAUGGAUGUGUGGAAUGAAUGUUUGACUGAGGAAGAGAGAUUUAACCUCACGAAGUAUCUUCCUGAUAUGGACCAAGAAAUGUUUAUGCGAACUUUGAAAGAGCUCUUUACAGGUUCCAAUUUGCACUUUGGGAGUCCCAUUACUAAGCUCUUUGAUAUGUUAAAGGGAGGAUUAUGUGAACCGAGGGUUGCUCUGUAUUGGCAGGGUUUAAAUUCUUUUCACAAGCGUCAACACUACCACCUUUUGCGGAAGCAUCAGAACUCAAUGGUUACUAAUCUUCAUCACAUGAGGGAUGCUUGGCUUAAUUGUAGGGGAUACAGUAUUGAAGAGAAGCUUCAAGUGUUAAAUAUAGUGAACAGUCAAAAGAGUUUAAUGCAUGAAAAUAUGGAGUUGGAUUCAGACUCCUCAGAAAGAGAUGAAUCUGGGGAAGGUUUAUGGAGUAAAAGGCUCAAGCAUGGUUUGAAAAUGGGUCGUCAUUCUAUAUAUGGGCAAAGUCCAAACUUGGAUUUUCCUACUCGGAGGAGUCCAAUAUUCUUGGAACAAGCAAAAUUUGGAAAGCAGAACCCAAAAGGAACAUUGAAGUUGGCUGGGUCAAGGACAUCUUCUACAAAAGAGUUAGUGGGUCAUGUUCGUUCUGUUCACCAUGGUGUAGAAAUGAAAUUGGGUCCUUAUGGUUCACCAUUGCCAGCUCUUGCUCGACAAAAUAAGGCUGCAGGGUAUGAUGUAGGGGCUGCAGUCCGGAUGAGAGAUCAUAUGAGAGGUUAUGAUGAUACUGAAGAAACAAUGUAUGAAGUGGAUGUCCAGAGAGAUCGGAAUUUUUCUCAGGUUAGUGCACUGGAUAAAGCUGGGGUCUUUAAGAUAGGAAAGAAACAUGAAGGCUUGAGAGGUGAUGAAUGUACCACCGACAGUUUCAUGGGUUUGUCUGGUUCUCUGAAAAAUGAUUUACAUGCUUAUGGUGGCAACAGGACUGUGAAUAAGUUGUCAGAUAUUAAGGUCUUAACUGCGAAGCCAUCUAGUGCAAGAAUUUCCUCUGAUUAUGGCAAAAAGGUAAAGUAUCCUGAGAAUGUUCAGCAAUUUCCAGUUGAAGAGUAUAUGAAGUAUGGUAAAAGCGGGGCUCAGAAAUUGUCACUGAAAGGAAGUUGGAAUGAGUUAUCAGAUGGAGCUGAAUCAUUUUCGUAUAACAAAGCACAAGGACAUCCUCUCUCUGUCGAUCCGUCCUGUAAAUAUGAUAAUUCGAAUGUUAAAAGCAAGAAGUGGAAGAUCGAGAGAGAGUCUUCUGGUCUUAAAGUUAAUGAUAGGUUAUUUCAGUCCGACUGUAGAGCAAAUCCAUCACAGGACAAGGUCAGAACAAUUUCUAUGCAGAAUGGAGGGAGAGAAACAGCUGCACUGAGGGGUAGCAGAAGGUAUGCCAAAGGUGAGGAAACAGAAUCAGACUCGUCAGAGCAAAUUGAUGAAGAUGAGGAUGACAAUCCGUUGAUGAGAAGCAAGUUGGCUUACCCAUGUGGGGUCUUGGAUAGUUCUUUCAUGAAAUCUGGUCCAGAUCCUAAAAUGGCUAAACAAUUUAAGAAAGACAAAAAGAAUAAUGCUCGACGUCUCAAUGGAUUAUCACACUCCUCAAGGACAUUGGCUGAUCUUGGUGAACAUCCCCAUAGGCCAGAAGUAGAAAACUAUUCUUUGAAAGGAAAGCAGAAGGGAAAGAUGCAUGA